UGUAUUAGAUAUGGAAUUGAUGAAGGAAAGAUUUUCAAAGCUGCUUCUCGGAGAGGACAUGUCAGGUGGUGGGAAGGGUGUUUCUUCUGCUUUGGCCCUUUCCAACGCCGUUACCAAUCUUGCUGCUUCUGUUUUUGGAGAACAAAGCAAGUUAGAGCCAAUGUCUGCAGAUAGAAAGGCAAGGUGGAAAAAGGAAAUUGACUGGCUUUUAUCAGUUACAGAUUACAUUGUUGAGUUUGUUCCUUCUCAACAGAAAUCAAAGGAUGGGACAAAUAUGGAGAUAAUGGUGACACAACAACGGAGAGACCUUCUUAUGAACAUUCCAGCCUUGCGCAAACUUGACGUCAUGCUCCUUGGUGUCCUGGAUAACUUCACAAACGAGCAAGAAUUCAAGUAUGUGAAAAGAGAUGCAGAUGACUCUGAACGAAAUGAUAAAUGGUGGCUACCUAGUGUCAAGGUUCCCCCAAACGGAUUGUCAGAAGAAUCCAGACAUUUUUUGCAAAAGCAAAAAGAAGCUGUUAAUCAAGUAUUGAAGGCAUCAAUGGCAAUUAACGCUCAAAUACUCUCAGAUAUGGAGAUCCCCGACAACUACAUCGAAACCCUCCCUAAGAAUGGAAGAGCGAGCCUAGGUGAAUCAAUAUAUAAAAGCAUUACAGUCGAGUUCUUCGAUCCACUGCAGUUCCUAUCGACAAUGGACUUGUCAUCAGAGCACAAAGUCCUCGACCUAAAGAACAGAAUAGAGGCAUCAAUAGUUAUAUGGAAAAGGAAAAUGCACCACAAGGCCGACAGCAAAUCGUCAAACUGGGGCUCCGCCAUAAGCUUGGAGAAGAGAGAGCUUUUCGAAGAGAGAGCAGAGACAAUUCUACUCCUAUUGAAACAACAAUUCCCGGGCAUACCACAAUCGUCCCUCGAAAUAAGCAAAAUCCAAUACAACAGAGACGUAGGUCUAUCUAUACUCGAGAGCUAUUCAAGAGUAGUUGAGAGCUUGGGGAAUACGGUGAUGUCGCGCAUACAAGAUGUCUUGUACGCGGACUCUCUGGCGGCAGAUCCAUCACUAGCACUGGCAAAUUGGAAUAUCGAGUCGGGUGAGUCAACACCAUCCCCCACACUGAGUAGCUUAGCAAGCCCUAUAGAACAAGACUCGGAGAAAACGAGUUGUGCUGGAGAAACACCUUCUUCGAUGACACUCUCUGAUUUCAUGGGAUGGGACUUUGUGCCCUCGGCGGAUAUCAAGAAGAAUCAUUCGACGGGUAAUUUAGAGUCGUGCGUUAGGGUUGAAGAAGAAGAAGUAGUAAAGGAAAGCAAGAUGAUGGUGAUGACAAAACCUGUUUCUGCAUUAUUUAACAAGUUUUCGUAUACAGAUAAGAUUGAGAUGAGUGGUUUGAGAAGUCCAACUGCACGCCAUUAGUUAACAUGAUAUAACAACACUACUGUUACAAUUGCUUUGGUUGAGUGAUUAU